AUUGUUCUUGUCAAUGUUUGUAGGUUUAUAGCAAAAAUGUUUGUCUGGGAUUGGUUUACGGGAAUGUUAAACUAUUUAGGUAAGUCCUGGUAGAUAAGUGUAUACAACAUACUAUCAAAGCUGGUUAUGCUUUAUUAUGUAAGCUUGAAGCUGAGAUACCAUACAUGUAAUGCACUUGUAGAUAAUUAACAACUUUAGAGCACAGUUAAUUCAGACUGUAUGGCGAAUUAGAUUUUAUGGUCCAUCUUGUUUGAGUUAUUGUCAUGUACCUGUAGUUUUGUUAAAAGAAUUGAGUUAAACCCAUGUAACAUGUUGCCAUACAGUUUGUAACAAAUCUAGGACAUGUAUAACCAUGAUAAAAAUAUUGGCAUGACUUCAAGCAUUAUAGAUACAAAUCCUAAUUCUUAGUUAACUGUACUUUUGAAUAACUCAGGCUUGUCCCAAAAGGACUUUGCAAAAACAAAAAACAAAAAAAAAAAACAGAACAAAACAAAACAAAAACAUACAAAUCAGUAGUGCAUUUGGGUACAUACAUGUAAUAGGUAUGUGUCUUACUAUAAUUCACAUUCAUGGAUACAACAUUGCCAAAAUUCCAUGUCACCUGUUACAGUCACAAUGUAAGGCAUAUUGCCAACUCAAGCAACAUGAAAUAUUUGGUGAAUGAACCAAUCUCCAGAGCUUGAGUUAACCAAGGACAUGCAAAGUUUACUAUUCCUGUGUAAACUUAGCACAAAUUGUGUCUUACAGCUGUAUGAGGUAAUGGAGUAACACAAAUUUAACAAGACAAACUCCUGUGUAGAUGUACAUUAUAACAGCAUACAUCCCUUUUCUCUAAAGAAAUGCCUAUUUUUAUGAAGACACAAGUCUUCUUGUGGGCUUUAAAGUUAUUUAUCCUACACGUUGUACAUUUACAUAUAUCCUUCUUUUCAGACUAAAAUACACAGCAUCUGUUUUGCCUACGGGGCUGUGAUAUUAAAAUUGCGAAAAAUAAACUCAUGGUCGUAUGUUGUAUUGGAACAAUCUAAUGAAAACUGCAGUUGAACCUUGAUAAUGCUAAUCUUAACUGUCUUGUGAAUGUGAUCACAGUGCUAACUUGUGUUUUGAUUCUUAAAUAUGGGACACUUCCUGACUUUCUGGUUUAUACAGUACUCUAAUAUACUUCUGGAAUGAAAAACUGUGAUAUUUAUCUGUAUAAUGUGUUUGUCUACAGGUUUAAUGAAAAAGAGUGGAAAACUAGUAUUUUUAGGAUUAGACAAUGCUGGUAAAACAACUUUACUUCACAUGCUGAAGGAUGAUCGUAUGGCACAACAUGUUCCAACACUUCAUCCAAGUAUGUUGCCUUUUUGUCACUCAUGCAGUUUUUGACCAAUAAGGCUCAGUUCAUACGCAGUGCUUCAGACGUACCAAACUUUUGAAUUCUUGAAUCAAGUUUUACAAUAGCAUAGCAGAAGCACAACCUCUGAAUCAAAGUUUUGAAUUUGGUUUGGCAGGCAAUUGAGUUCGACAAGGUCUUUCAUGCUUCACAACUCUGACACAGCAAUGAUUCUGACAGAUGUCUUGCUUGUACUGUGUUGAACUAGAUUCAGUAAAUGCUGGAAAUAUACAUGUAUAUUUUUUGUUUCAUUUACAGCUGACUCUAUAAAGUAACAUAUUUCAUCUGAAUUGAAGGAGUGCUUCUGUGAUCAAUUAAUUACAAUUGAGUUUGUCAUUGCAGAAGUGCAACAUAUGAACCGGGCCUACAAUUGUGUGCAUGGUAACCCUAUUUUUGUGCAAAUUAAAGGCAAAGUGUGUACGCAGUAAACUUGAAUUUUUCUAAUUUUGGUUGAAUCUGCAGCAUCACAGGAGCUGUCAAUGGGUGGCAUGACUUUCACAACAUUCGACUUAGGAGGCCAUAAACAAGGUAUGACCAAUUUUAUAAUUUUAGAAUUGACCUUUGUUUUUUUAGAAUGUAUUAUGGAAGGAUCAGUCAAUCUCCAGUGCCAUAAAAUUUAGCUUUUACAAAGUAAGUUGUUUUUGUGUGGCAGUUGUGUUGAACAGCUUUGAAUAUGAUAUCACAUUUUCAAACUUGCAAGCCAUGAUUGAAUACAUGUAUGCUGUGGUUCUAUUUAUCCUUGUUUUAAAUUAAAUUUUUAUUUUCCUUUGUUUGGUGGUUUGCAAGGGUGUGACAUGUACAUGUAGACCACCUUUAGACUUUGCCUUUCAAUUUUGUCAUUGUACUUUGUACUCUUUAUGUUGGAAGGGGAAUUAUGUUAGUGUCCAUAUGAAAACAUACAUGUACUUGUAGUGCAGUAGUCCUGUGUUUCCGGCAGUGAUUUUUUUUACCUCUGUAUCCUGCGUCCCUGAUGUAUAAAAAUCUCCAAAGAUGCAAAAUAAUUAUUCUUUGACGUAGAAUGUGUCCCAUAGGAUGCAAAGAAUGCUGUUUGUUGUUUAAAGAUGCAUACACAUAUUUACUUUAGUCAUUUUUGUGCUUCAAAUAUAUAGAAGGACUAUGUAUUAAUUUCAGUAAAGUGUAAUGAAGAGUUUUGGUGUCUGUCUCCAGAUUAACUGCCUGGUUACAUAAAGGUCCAAGCAUUCUCAGUUUAGGACUCCUUGUUUUUUUAGUUGGGACUUUGAAUCCCAGGACUCACCAUAACUAUUUGUGACAAAAUCACUAUUCCAUUCAGUUUUCAAAAAAAUCUCUUAGUUACACAACACUGUAAUUCUAUGUGCAAUAAUUUUACAUUAAUCCAGAGUCACUGGAUCACUUUCAUUUUAGUAGAUGUUGUGCCUAGGUACAUUGUAGUGUAAGUCAAUGUACAUGUAAUUAAAUAACUUUCGUUUUCAUUGUAGCUCGUCGGAUUUGGAAAGACUACUUCCCAGCUGUUAAUGGAAUAGUUUUCAUCAUUGAUUGUGCUGAUGGAGAGAGACUUGCUGAAUCUAAAGCUGAACUUGAGGUGGGUCAGAUAUUCUGAUCAUAUAGCCAUCUUCUUUUCUGUUUAGUUUUCAAUAAUUAUUAGAUAAUAAUUAGAAUGGGGAAAUUUGCAUAGUACAACAUAUGUUUGUAAGCUUUUUUCUUUGGCUUCAAGUUUACAUUAUUUUAAUUUUAUGUUUUUGUUCAAAUACUUAGAUAAAAAAUAGUGCAUUCAGAUGUUCUUCAUAUUAAAACGUUAAUAAACUGUAAAAAGAUAAAAAUUUUACAACAUUCAACUGCAAGUCAUGAAGUAAAAGAAUGUGUCUGUUGCAAAAUAUAAACACUAACUAAACAAUGCAGGCUAAUAUAAAUAAAUUUUAUUGUCAAGAAUGUUAGUUCAGACGAAGAGUUUUGCUUAAAUGGAAGCAGGCUAGUGUUCAAGCUUGGAUUGAUUUCUUUGUGAAGAGCAUCUCAUAUAUCAGGCAUUCAAACUUGGUUUGGUGCUUUUGAAGGUGUAGACUUGGCUUUCUUUGGGGUUAUUUGCACUGUAAUUGCCCACGAGUUUCCACAAGGUGUUUACAGAGAGCCAAGUUUUCAUGCUAUAUGUUCAGCAAUGCAUUGUUCGAGAUGUUGGGCCGUAUAGCCAACAUACACCCAUAAUUUGCUUAGCACAAAUCACAUGGAGUGAACCGUGCAUCUGUUGGUUGCACUUCUGGUUUAGUAGCUAAUUUGGCAUUCAAAUUUGUCUAUGAUUUAGAUUUAAAUUUAAAGAGUAAAAGUUAAGUAAACAUAAUUUUUCAUCUUAUCUUGCUUUGCUUUUGUCAUAAGAAAUUUGCCAAAUUGCAUACACAAAGACUUCUGUCCACGAUAUUUUCAAACAAUCAAAUCCGAUGAAUUGCGCCAUACUGUGAGCUGCAACUGAAAAACUGAAAAACUGAAAACUGACGACUAUAAUUAUUUCUCCAGUCGGUUGCCAAAAGGUGACCUGAGCAUUUUUUUUUUUAAUUUUGAGCCAUGUUAAUAUUAAUGUUGUUGUUAUUAUUAUUAUUAUUAAUAUUAUUAUUAUUGUUGUUAUUGUUAAUACUGUAUUUAUUCAGCUAUAAGCCGAGACCCUGUUGUUACAAGACUUCAGCUACUGUAAAACAUGACAUUUUGGAAAAAAAAUGUGACUUUCUCUAGGAAAAUGUGCAAUUGUCGUUUUGGUUUUUCGCAGCUACCAAUUUUUCCUCAUGUCUUCAUUGUAUUAUGCUUGAAAUGAUCACAUAAAUCGUUUAGUGGUAACGACUUUUAUUAACGUGUCAAGAAUCUCUAGAGCAUAGCACUAACUGGUGACACAAAAAUAAAAUAAAUCAAAUAUUAAAAUAGUAUCAAAACAGCCACAUCAGCUUGCAUUACGUUUGUCUGUGCUUAGUAACCAGGCAAAUGUUUCAGAGCACAUGUUUGACCAAACAUGGCGAAUUGUUUACACAAGUCAUUUCUUGACAUCUUUCAUUUGACACCUUCCCUGGUUGUAAAAGGCUUACUAAUGUGAGAUUUACAGCUGUAGUUUGUGAGACCUGUUUUUGUCAGAUAAUUAUUUUGACAAUUUGGGACUGAAUUUCUGUGCUUAGUUAAAUUAACAUUCUGAUUUGUAUUUUUGUGAUCAAUUGGAUCAUUUGCUGCUAGUUGCUCAGCUUAUAAGUGAAUACAUCCCCAUUUAGUACUAGCAUUUCAAUGCACUAAGAAAAUUUUGGGGUCAAAAACUCUUGGCUCUAAGCAGAGACCCCCUCUUGGGCUCAAACUUCACUGAACUUUAGCUUUAAUUUGUGUAAAAAUUGCUUGGCUCAUAGCCAAAUAAAUACUGUAUUAUUAGUACAAUGUAUAAUUUUCAAUAUGGUAAAAAAAGCUGACAUUUAGACAUGCUAAAAGGCAAACAUGCUGAUUAGCAGACAGGCUUACACCCUGACAUGUGGACAGGUAGACUGCAAACAUGCUGAUGCACAGAUGUGCAGACAUACAUACUUGCACGCAGUCAUGCUGCCAUGCAGAUAGACUAAUACAAAAUUGCUGACAACCAGACCGGGUUUACAUGAAGUCCGAAGAUGUCGACCCAUAUUACAAAACAGUGUUCUGAAACUGAAUUAUACUUUGAAACUGUACAGAGCUUGUUGGCAGAUGAGCAGUUGGCAAGUUGUCCUGUACUUCUUCUUGGUAACAAAAUCGACAUCCCAGGAGCAGCCAGUGAGGAUUAUAUUAGACAAUACUUUGGCCUAUAUGGUCUUACAACAGGAAAGGUAAUACAUGUAUGUUCAAUCAUCUAAAAACACUGAAUUUUAAUUUAAGUACAGUAGUUUGUUUCUAAAAUAAAAUGACUGGACAUGUGUAUCUUUCAUAAUUAUUUUAAAUGAGUUCUUUUUGUAAAUGUCACAUGCCACUUUAUCUCCAAACUAGUGGGGAAAAAGAAUCAAAAUGGUAAGGCCGUAUAGGAUUAUGAUCUUCAGAAUAUUUUAGAGUAUAAUUGUUGGUUAAAUUUAACUCGUAUAUGUUCUUGCAGGGAAACAUCGCCGCCAAAGAUCUCCAAGCUCGACCAAUGGAACUGUACAUGUGUAGUGUGUUAAAACGGCAAGGAUAUGGUGAAGGUUAG